CACAUUUUCGCCUUCGGCUUGUGUGCGCGAUGCGCUAAAUAAUAAAAUUGGUCUUUAUUAUUUUUGUUAUUUUUCUUAGCCACUUUAGCUAUUGAACAAUUUAAUUUUUCUAUAAUGCUGUUAUGAAUUUAAAAACUUUUCAUUAUAAAUUUAUCAAUAUGUAUGAGUAAAAGGUAAAUACAUAGAGAUUGUAAGAACAGCGUGAACUAUGGCGGGUCAAAGGUGAAGCGCCUUAUUCCGCCUGGUUUGAAAUUUCUUCAUUGACAAGUGGCUGGCUGUAAGAGUGAAUAAAAAGUAUUGGACACCCCCCAUAACCCAGCUGAAGGCUUUCCUGGCCUCAUGUUCAUAAUUUUACUGCAAAGCUCAUGAUUGCUUGAUCAGAUAUAUGCAUUUAUAUGAUUUACAGAGAUAAAUGGAGCCACCACCUGAAGACUUAGGUGGCCCGUUGGCCAAAUGCAACAAAUUUGAGGAGUGCACGCCGUUGCUGAACGUUGAAGAAGUACUGUCCUGGAAGCCAGACAAGUGCUCAUGGAAAAUCCGUCCUUUGUCCUCCAGAACUCCAUGCAGCAGUGUGGGCACCUCGCAGUACUGUCACCAAACUCAGUGGCGUCCCACAAAACUCUACGAUCGCCACACCGUCCCCAGAACUCUUGUUUGUCAUGACAUGAAAGGAGGUUACUUGGAUGACAGAUUUGUACACGGAAGUGAAAAACACACAGAUUACCGUUUCUUCCACUGGGCCGGAAUCGACAUGUUUGUGUAUUUCAGCCACAAAUUUGUCACCAUAGCUCCACCGGUUUGGGUCAAUGCAGCUCACCUUCACGGUGUCUUGAUUCUUGGUACAAUAAUCACUGAAUGCGACACGGGGAAGAAAAUUUUAGAAGAAUAUCUGCACAGCUCGCAGGAGGUGAGAGUUAAAUUCAUCCAGCAGCUCGUGCAAAUCAGCAAAUACAGUGGAAUGGACGGGUGGCUGAUUAAUAUUGAAAACAAGGUGAAUCAAGAAGAUGUCCGCACCCUGCAUGAAUUUGUUGCGGAUUUGACUAAAGCAAUGCACAAGGAAAUUUUGCACUCCCAAGUUAUCUGGUAUGACAGUGUCAUUAAAGAAGGAAAACUCAAGUGGCAGAAUGAAUUGAACGAGGAAAACAAGAUGUUCUUUGAUGUAUGUGAUGGAAUUUUCCUCAAUUAUGUUUGGAAAGAAGAAGGCUUGGCCAGGAGUGUUAAGUUAGCCGGAGUGAGAGCUCUCGAUGUUUAUGUUGGAGUUGACAUAUUUGGUCGGAACUGCUACGGUGGAGGAGGCUUCAAUACCAGCGCUGUAAUUAUGAUUGCGGUUGAGAAGGCAAGAGCUCAUGACAUGUCAGUUGCCUUGUUUGCCCCAGGAUGGGUGCACGAAUGCUGGGCCCAAGAAAAAUUCACCCCUUUGGAGUACACUUUUUGGCGUAAGCUUUGGCCUUUGCUGCACAUUCACGGUCCGUCCGAGUUCCCCUUCGAAACCUCAUUUUGUCAAGGCUACGGCAAGAAGAGCUACGACCACGGAAAGGUGAAAAGUGAUCAGCCCUGGCACAACUUGAGUCUGCAAAUGCCCCAACCUUGUCUUCCAAUCUGUGUCGAGGAUGUUUGUGAUUUGCCUGGUGGAGAUGCAGAAAACAAGCCUGAAAUCAAAAUGAUAAAAUUCUCAGGAUGUGUCCGCCACUGGUCGAAGGAUGCCUACCACGGAGGAGGCUGCCUGCUCUUGAAAAGGCCCCAAAACAUCCAAGCCUUUGGUCAAAUUAUUUUCCACAAGCUUUUCCUUUGCUCUCUUGAAGUUGGCCCUACCGAUAGCCUUCGUGUCUAUUACGCUGUCAAAAGCCCAAAAGAGGACAAAGUUUGUCCUCAAGACCUUGCCCUAGGAAUCCUAUGUCAAGAUAAGGAAGGAGGGCACUUAAAAGAUGAGUAUUUCGGAAGUGUAAAUGGUCUUGCCAUUAGAGAAAAUACUGUUGAGCUAAUUAAAGAUGAAUAUGACGAAGAAACUGGUUGGACCCUGAGGCAAUACCUUCUUGCACCGAAAAAGAGGUACUACAAAGUCACCGAGAUAUCUUUGAUCCUUGGGUGCAGUGCGACGGAAGUCUUGCUUGGAUGGAUAUCAAUUUCACCUCCAAAGUACUUCCAAUGAGGAGUUUUUAUUUGGUUAAAGUGCCUUCUAACUAAGUAAACUUCAAUAUUCCAACUGGCUUUAAAAGUCGAACUUCUUUGCAUUUUAUGGUGUUGUUGUAAUCUCUAACGAUGAAUUUCAUACGAGGACGCGCUAAAACUGCCGAUCGAAAUACAACAUGGGUCGAUAAUUUUUUCAAUGAUAACCACCUGUCCAUAGGUCACCCCCAUGUGGUUAAAAAAAAUCCCAAAAUUUUUUUCGAAUUUUUAGAAUUUUUUUUCAAAAAACUCAAAAUUUGAGUUUUUAAUUUUACUAUGAGAGAUAAAAACUUCUAAACAGCUUUUCUAGACUAAUUUUGCAACGCCCGACAACUUUUCAAUGCUGACCAAACGUGUACAAACACGUUUAAGGUCACUUUCAGACAAAUUUUGACUUUGACUGAAAUUUUCGAAAUGAACGCCCCCUUGGAUUUUUUUGCAGGUAUAGGGAAAAAUGUAGCCCAUCUAAUUUUGAAUCGAUAUGAUGAUUUUCAAAAAUAUAUUAUUUUUUGUUUUUCUUUAAUUAAAAGGCGAACAAAGAAAAACAUUAGGUUUUGUGCGUUUCAAGCGCUGAAAAUACGCUCAUGGUCGGAGUUGGUUUACUUUAAUUUUAAAAUAAUUUUAACAAGAAAUAAUAUACAUUUGGAAAUUACCAUACCGAUUUAAAAUUAGAUGGGCUACAAUUUUUCCUAUACCACCAAAAAAAUCGGAGGGGGCGUUCAUUAUGAAAAUUUCAGUUAAAAUCAAAAUUUGUCUAAAAAUGGCCUUGAACGUGUAUGUACACGUUUGGUUACUAUUGAAAAAUUGUUGGAAAACUAAAAAUACGUCUAGAAAAGUUAUGUUUCAAAGUAAAUUCUUAGCGCGAGAAUUAAUCGGACGAUUGAAGCAAAUUCCGAGAUUUCACUCCUCACUAGGAAACCCAAAAUCUAACGUUUUUAUUCAUUCACCUAUUAAUAAAAGAAAAACAAAAAAUAAUAUAUUUCUGGAAAUCACCAUAUCGAUUUAAAAUUAGAUGGGCUACAUUUUUCCCUAUACCUGCAAAAAUAUCCAAGGGGGCGUUCAUUUCGAAAAUUUCAGUCAAAGUCAAAAUUUGUCUGAAAGUGACCUUAAACGUGUUUGUACACGUUUGGUCAGCAUUGAAAAGUUGUCGGGCGUUGCAAAAUUAGUCUAGAAAAGCUGUUUAGAAGUUUUUAUCUCUCAUAGUAAAAUUAAAAACUCAAAUUUUGAGUUUUUUGAAAAAAAAUUCGAAAAAUUCGAAAAAAAUUUUGGGAUUUUUUUUAACCACAUGGGGGUGACCUAUGGACAGGUGGUUAUCAUUGAAAAAAUUAUCGACCCAUGUUGUAUUUCGAUCGGCAGUUUUAGCGCGUUCUCGUAUGAAAUUCA